CAUUAUGGAUCUGAAGGUAUAGGAAUUUCGUAGCUUCUUGUAAACAAAAAGAAAAAACCAUAAUACAUGGCCACCUGGACACAAAAUGAGCCGACAGGUGUCACCAAGCGCAGGCGUUGGAAUCUGGAAGAUCGCGCCUCCUUGAACAAGCUUAAGAAUCAUAUUGCCGAGGAGGGAUGUCCGCAGAUGCAAUACGAUCUCGCCAAAGAGUUGCUUGACAACGCCAUAGAGCCCAAUCUUCCCAAAGGCAAUCAGAACCAGAAAGCCGUCAAUUGGCUGGUGAGUGCUGCACACAAUGGACACGAGGAUGCGGCAAAGUUACUUCGCAAGUGCUAUAACGAUGGCAGCGGCAUUACGGCAGAUAAUGCAGACGAAGUCCGCCGCUGCCUGGCAAUGACACCUGGCGAACGGGCGGCGAGAAAAGCAGCCCGAGAGCUCUUCGCUUGCUUGUCAAAUGGCAAUGAGCACAUUACACCGAAACAGUUAGAGCGAAAGAUGAGACGCAUCUACAAUCUGCAACGUAAACGUCGUCGACGUGACGACGACCGAUCAUCGUCAAGUAGCGAAGGAGAACAGGAGCAGGAAUGUGAGCCCCUAGAGGAUGUGCCUACAAUUGACGUUGCCAAUGUGGACCGACGCCGCCUUAUAACCGAGGCGCAUCUCGUUUCGGCUGCUUCCAACUAUAGUGCCGGACAGAUGCCAAGCGUUAAUGAAGCUCUCACCUUGUCCGUGCCAGAUCCGAGGAGCCUGGAUCAUGUGCCCUGCUUUUACCGAAUGAUAUUCCACCCGCUCAUCUUCUUUACUCUCUUCUACCACCGCCUGCUUAACCUGAUUGUGUCCAUACCCAACGUCAUUCCGCUGAGUGUUCGCUGUAGUGUGCUCGUGGCCCUAUCCUGGUGGAGUACGCGUCAUAUGCUGCCUCUGGUCAGUUAUUACCUCAGUUUAAGCGUGAUGAUCUGGGCCACGUGUAAAAUGCUUAAGACGAAACAGCAAUUCGUGGAUUUUCGCAUAUGGUCGGGUCUGUUUCUCAGCUAUGGGGAUCAAAACAUCGAGGCGGACAUUGCGGAACAGCGUUUUCUACGAAACAAUAUGAAACCAUACUUGUACUAUUUCUGUGCCUUCAUCUGCAACUUAAUCGUGUACCCGCUGGUAACCGACGCCUGGUUGCCGCACUCAGAGCUGACCAUUAUUUCUGGAACCUUCACUUUCCUCACCAUGGCCGUCUCGAUUUACGCCUCCUCACACCUCUUGCCUGACUGGCUAGUGAUCGUUUCCUUUGCCGUGAAUGUGCUUGCCAAGUAUCCGUACGAAAUGGACGAGGUUGUGUCCACCCGCUGGCGCUUUCUGGACCUACGAGUACCCACUUUCUCGUCCUUUGUCAUUGGCAAUGGGAUUGAGUUCUGCCUGAAUUGCCGCACAGCCUUGUAUCUGUUCAUUCCCCUGCUGUUGGUCAUGAUGGCAAAGCGCUCACAUUGGCAUGGAGUCUACACAUACCUCAUCCCGCAUUGUGUUACUCUCAGUUGGUUACAGGUAUGCAUCGCCACUUCUCAGAGUGCCACCAUGUUUGGAGUGAUGCGGGCAGCCCUCGGCUUGGCUGGAAUUGUAUUGUUCCUUCCUCUUUUUGGAAUCGUGGCUCUUCUUGUUCCUGUCUUUGUGGCUAUUGAUAGUUUGGGACUGGCUAGCGAGCAACUCCGCUGGGGCAGCACAGCACUCGCCUGCGGACUGGUGGUUGUGCUCUCCUGUGUCCUAGCUUUAAACCGAGCCACCCAAAAGUACAUUACUAUGCUACAACUUAUCAUGGCAGUUACAACAGCCUGCUUGUUGGUCUUUCCCUACAUGACGUCCAGUUUCAAGGAUACACCCCGCUUCAAUGCCAUGCCCAGAGUGGGCCUGAACUCACUUUCUGAGACGGAUACCCUGCCAUGGGAACGUUUCCAUGCACUUUGCGCCCAACCCGUCAACGAGCAACCAAAUAAGAUCAAGGCUCAGCUUCGUUGUGCCCAUCUGAAUGGAAUGCCAGUGACUUGGGAGGGCAGUGUUACUAAAGUAGAAAUCUCGCGGGUGUCCAACAUUUUGGAAGAUGUUAUUGCCAACUAUCUGCCAGUGUGGCUGGGUAGGCUGUUACGCUGUGUGCACGGCGAGAAUAUAUCCCAGCAUUUCAUUUGCGAUCCAAAGUUAGAUGCCCAAUGUGAGGAGUGGCAGACCGUUAUCAAGACGCUUAAGGCGCAGAGUGGUAGUUGCACACUGCAGCGGUGGAAUCGUUACGAGUAUGAGCUGCUAGUGAAAGUGGGCACUAAGAAAAGUGCCCGUCUGCUAGGCCGUUACUCUUCCACCAAUGUGAUCCUUCGAGCUCACCAUAACUUUGGAAAUUUCACCAGACUCCUGACCGAAGGUGAUGUUGUUCUUUUCUACGGAACAUUGCACAAUUCACGGCUCCUGGCCGACAGCGUGCAAGUGCAACUGAAGACCAUAGAAUGUGUUAACUGCCGUUCUCCAGAUCUGAGAGCAGCCAGUAUUGAACGGGUGGUAGCUGCUUCUCCCAUGGAUGCUCGACUCCAGGAUUUGAUGAGAGGCAUCAAAUACUUGUUGAACGCCUUAUUAAAUCCUUUAAUUACCUUUAAGUAAGGUAGUUUUUGUUAAGACCCCGAGGAACGAGAGUUUCUUGGAAUACGCUCACCAAUUUUUUGUUGGUCCCUAUAAAUUAAUAUUUAUUCAAAGUCCAUAAGGAUCUUCAUUAAUUUCAGCGUGGCAUUUAAAACAUGAACGCUUUGUUAAUUAUACUUUUAUAAAAACUAAUUUAAAUAACCAGAAAAAUAUAAGUUUCCAUUGGUUUUU